AUGCAACUGACUUGUAAAAACCCCGCCAGUUACAGCCGCCGCUCCGGUCACCGGGCCGCUCUUCGGAGGGAGAUACCGGCGGCGGGUACCAUCGCCCAGUACAUUUCUUCACCCACCACUUUUCUCCACUCUGUCGACCCUCGAAUCAAACUGAUAUGGCUGCUGGCUCUUGUUGUUCUGCCGGCAAGCUCCCACAUAGUAAUGCGGUUCGGAUUGGUCUCUUAUCUUGCUGCUCUGUCGAUUUUCGUCCUCCCUAGCAAUGUCUGGAUGGAUCAACUGGGAAGGGUUUUAUUGCUUUUUGGGAUUCUGUUCUUGAUGUUAGGGUUGGGUUCGGAUUCGGUGCCUCCACUUGUGCAGUUGAGAACUCCACCGGCUUCUGUGACAGGCUUUCCUAACCUCCCACAGUCUCUACGAGGUUACUCUUACUUGAUUCUGAAGCUAGGUCCUCUACAAUGUACAAGGAAAGACUUGUCAGUUGCAAGCACAGCUGCAUGCUUAACCUUCACUAUCUUUUAA